CCUCCAUCUCUAUUCCUUCCCUUCCUUCUUCCUGUUUCAAUUCCCCGCUUUCCCUAGCUUUCCCCAGCUUUCCAAAAUCCCUCACUAUUUCUCUGAAAUUCCCCUUCAAACCCCACCUCUGAUUUUCAAUUCCCAAUUCCUCUUUCGAUUCGAGUCGAGGGAAUGAUUGAUUCUUCUUCAGCUCCGUGUAAUUGGAUUUAGUGUCUCCCACGCGCUAUGAUCGGGAGACGGGCAAUUUUCUUUUGAGUUGUGAUGCUGUUGUGCGUCUAAUCUGCGCAUUUUACAGGGUGGGUUUGAAGUGAAUUUUGGAGAGGAUGUCGAAUCUGUAUGGGGAUUACAAUCAGAAGAUUGAUUACGUCUUCAAAGUUGUGUUGAUCGGAGAUUCGGCCGUCGGCAAAACCCAACUCCUUGCGCGAUUUUCCCGGAAUGAAUUUAGCCUUGAUUCCAAAGCUACUAUUGGAGUCGAGUUUCAGACUAAAACUCUCGUCAUUGAUCAGAAAACAGUGAAAGCCCAGAUAUGGGACACUGCUGGACAAGAAAGGUACAGAGCAGUGACGAGUGCAUACUACAGAGGUGCAGUGGGAGCAAUGCUAGUUUACGAUAUGACAAAGCGCCAGUCGUUCGACCACAUGGCAAGGUGGCUGGAGGAACUAAGGGGACAUGCUGACAAGAACAUCGUUAUAAUGCUCAUCGGAAACAAGUGCGACUUGGGGAGCCUCCGAGCGGUACCAACAGAAGAUGCACAGGAGUUUGCUGAAAGAGAGAACCUGUUCUUCAUGGAGACAUCGGCUCUGGAGUCGACGAACGUGGAAACUGCAUUCUUCACGAUUCUAACAGAGAUUUAUAGGAUAAUCAGCAAGAAGACUCUCGCAGCUGGGGAAGAGAUAGAUAUUGGAGGGCCAGGGCAUUUUAAAGGGACCAAUAUAGUUGUUCCUGGACAGGACUCAGAUUCUGGGAGAAAAGGGUGUUGCUUUGCCUCAUGAAAAGUUUCACAUAAUUCCAUAAUCAUUUGAAAUUGGGACCUUGCUUUUCUAUUCCACUUGGAUUUAUACUAAGAAAAAUUCAUGUAUGUUGUAGAAAAUACUGGCUUGAUCGAUCACACCAUGGAUGGAACAUGAAAGAUUAGUUAACCUUAACCCUCCCUCUAUCUCUCUCUCUCCUUCAAGAAUAAAAUUUCAAACGUUUCAACAA